UUGGCUAAUCACAAUGCAAUGGUGUUCUUGGAAGGUGAAGGUCAUCCUACUGACCCUCAUCUACAUCUUCAUCCAGUACACCUUCAUCCACUACUUCAGCACUGGGACGCAUCAUUUUUGUCCACAGUUACGACCUGCAAAUUCUCGCACCUUCAUCCAACACCAAGCACCACAAGAGCCUACUCACUCAUUUAACUCUGGAAGGAAACGGCAGCACAUCCUACUUUUGGCGGCCGGCCGUUCUGGCUCGUCGUUUUUCGGGGAGCUCUUCAACCAACACCCAGACGUCUUCUACCUGUACGAGCCUGAGUACCACGUAUUCAAGGCUUUAAAUAUGACACCAACCAGCAACGACCGGCGGAUGGCACUAGGGGCCAGCAGGGACCUUCUCAGGGCUUUGUUCCUCUGCGACCUGCAUCGUCUGGAGGACUACAUCGUCCCCCAGGCGCGCGAUCACGUCACGGACCACCUCAAGCGCCGAGGAGCCAGCAGAGCUCUCUGCUCUCCCCCGCUGUGCGACUCCUUCUUCGGCCCUCAUCACCUGCGAAACAUCUCUGAGUCCUACUCCGAGGAGGUGGCGUGCAGGGAGACGUGCGGACCCCUGAACCUCACCCUGGCCUCUCAGGUCUGCCGCUGGAGGGGCACGGUGGUCAUCAAGACCAUUCGAGUACCGGGGGUCGGCGACCUCCAAGACCUCCUGGAGGACCCUCGACUCAACCUGAAGGUGGUUCAGCUGGUGAGGGACCCGCGGGGGGUGCUAGCUUCCAGGAUGCUGUCCUUCCCCAGGAGCUACCCGCAGCUGAGGCUCUGGAAGAUGAAGCGCCGCAGACCCGAGGGUCUGGACCUGACACAGGAAGUGCAGGUCUGCGAGAACUUCCUGCGUUCGGUGACCAUCGCACUCAGGCGGCGCCCCGCCUGGCUGAGGGGAAGGUACACGUUGGUCAGGUACGAGGACUUGGCCAGGAACACUCCUCAGGUGACGCGGGUGGUGUUUGAGCACCUGGGGUUAUCCGUCGAGGACGUUAUUCUGGACUGGAUUCAGGAGAACACUAAGGCCGAAUACGACGAGGCAUCAGGCGUGGAUGCGUACGGUACCAGAAGAGACUCUGCCGCGACGUCGGAACAAUGGAGGCGGAGGCUGUCCUUUGACAUGGUGGAAUAUCUGCAAACACUUUGUGCAGCCACCCUCGAUCAGCUGGGCUACAGAACUGUACACUCCUCCGCAGAACUGAGUAAUGUUUCGCUAUCCCUUGUUCAGGAAAGGACCUGGGAACCCUUUCAGUGACAAACUUCACAAAACUAAUCUCGAUGUGUUACGAUUCUGCUCCCCUCCCCUUCCAGCUCAUUUCUUGCCAGUGCAAUGGACAGAAAUGUGUGUCUCACCUGCAACGGCCUAUACUACAAAGUUGGUUCAGGAGUAAACCAGGCUAAGUUAAGGGGUAAAUCAUCUAAUAGACGAGCCUGGAGUCCUCAUUUUCUUAAGAAAGGCUCUUGUACUGUAUUAGAUGAUUUACCUCUUAACUUAACCAUAGCUUAUCCUGAACCAGUUUUGUAGUAUAAGCCCCAGGUCUCUCUCUGUCAGAAUUAGGCUUGAUUAGGUUACGAGUGCUCUGGUAGUAGGCACUUAAGAAGCUUUUCUCCUGUUCCUUAGUUGGACAUUAGGCUGGCAAUGCAUUAUACACAUUAGCAGCAGCUGCUUUGUUUCUCUACAUACAGUCUCAUAUGGGCUCAUA